UAUUAAUUAUAUAUACAGAAAGGUUCCAAAUUUUAGUGUGAAUUUUGCUGUCGUGCUUAUGUCCGCAGCUGACGUAGGUUAUAUUUUACAUCCGUUUUUUAGGUUAGGACUUUGAUGAGUCAAACGGGGUCCUAAUUUGGGUUCUCAAGUAUAGUUAAUAACACCAGUUAGCAAGCAGAGCUGAAACGAAUUAAAAUUUAACGCCGAAUUCAUUUGAGUUUAAAUAAAUCAUGGAUGAAAGUGAACUAGAAAGGAAAGCAGUGGAGGAGCUCCUUAAAGAAACUAGCAGAGCAAAAGUCCGUGCUGAGACAAUGGGUGCUACUGGAUGGAUGAAAUGUCCGCUGGGAAGCACAAACAAGCGCUUUCUGCUAAACACUCUUCGUUCCUCUGCUGUGACGCAUCAGCCUACAAAUCAACGCGCUUCGGAGAGGGGAAGAGAUGAACCUAGGUACAAAAGAGCUUGUGAAAAGCAUCACAACACGGACUGUGAAAAGUGCAAUCACAAAAAAGACUAUUCACACAAAAGAUACCACUCUGACUCUCAUUCGCACACUUCCAAACACCGCUCUUCCUCACGCAAUCAUUCACCAUCCCGAAGAAGACGCUCCCCUCGCCUCUCCCGGAAGUCAAAUAGGACUCGAUCUCGCUCACCAGUGCAGGACAGUUCCCCAGAUGUCAAAAAAUACACUGACAGAGGGGGGAAGUGAUGUAACACUCUCUUUGUGGCUUUUUUUGUUUUGAGCACACGAGAUCUCCACAUGUCAUAUGAAUGCCUACAACAAUAUGAAGGCAUUCAGCAAAUUUCCAUUUGCAUCAUAUUGCUGAACAAUAAUAUUAAAAUAGCAUUUUUAAAACAACUAAAAUACAGAAUUUGAGUAUUGAGAGAGGCUGUUAAAUAUAAUUUCAGAACUAUUUUAAUAGGUCAUUGUGUAUCCUUGUUUCCUUGAUUUUUUUUUUUUUUUACAUAUAAUUUUAUUGUUUGUAUAAACAUGUAUACUUUGUGCGUGUGUACACACUAAGUAUAUAUGUUAUAUUAUAACUUUGUGUAAAUUAAAACUUAACCAGCAAUAAACAUGACGUUCGUAGCUACAGUCGUAAUUACUUAUCAGCAAUAAUUAAUAUUUUCUCAAUAAUGGUCUUUGGGUUGUAACGUUUGUGCAAUAAACGUGAGUGUUUGUUGGCGA